AUGUCCCACGUUUCCCCAGCUGGGCUCUUCGCCCACGACUCUACCGCUCCUCCUGCCAGCAACAGAGUUCUGCCUCUGUUUUCCCUCGCUGGAAAGACCGCCAUCGUUUCGGGCGCCACAGCUGGUAUCGGUUACGCUGUUGCUCAGGGGUUCGCCGAAGCGGGCGCCAACGUGGCGAUAUGGUACAACUCCAAGAAGGAGCAGGCUGAGACUGCCGCAGCCGAGAUCGAGAAGGAAUUUGGCGUCAAGUGCAAAGCCUACCAAGUAAACGUCGCCUCCUUCCCCGCCGUCUCCUCGGCCGUCAACGACCACAUCCUCCCCGAGUUCAACUCCCGCCUCGACAUCUUCGUCGCCAACUCGGGCAUCGCCUGGGAAGACGGCCCCAUGCUCGACGGCGCGGCCGAGGACCGCAUCAAGCGCUACAAGCAAAUCAUCGACACCAACCUCGACGGCACCUUCUACUGUGCCAGAGUGGCCGGGGAGAUCUUCCGCCGGCAGAAGCAAGAGGGGCUCGAGGGGUUCACCUACGGCAGCUUCAUUGCUACGGCGAGCAUGAGCGGGAGCAUUGUGAACAUCCCCCAGCUGCAGACGGCGUAUAAUGCGAGCAAGGCGGGCGUGAUUCACUUGGUCAAGAGUCUGGCGGUGGAGUGGGUUGGUUUUGCGAGGGCGAACACGGUGAGCCCGGGGUACAUUGUUACGGAGAUUAGCAAGUUUUGCGAUGAGGGGACGAAGAGGGCUUGGAGGGAUAAGAUUCCGAUGGGGAGGGAGGGGAUGCCGAAUGAGUUGAAGGGGGCGUAUUUGUAUCUGGCGAGCGAUGCGGCUUCGUAUACUACGGGGAUUGAUUUGGUGGUGGAUGGUGGGUAUUGCGCUCCUUGA